CUCCUCCUCUCCUCCUCUCCUCCUCUCCUCCUCUCCUCCUCUGCCAGCCUCAUCAUGUUCACGCUGCAGAUGUUGACUGUUAUCUCUCUGGCUGUUAUUCUCCUGGCAUCUGUGGAAGGUAAAGGAGUGCAGAUGCAACGGGACGUCCAGUGCUGCAUGUUGUACUCCCAGGGCAAGGUGCGAACCAAAGACGUGCUGCGGUUUGAGGUGCAGACGGAGGGGCCCGACUGCAGUAUACAAGCCAUCAUCCUUUACACAAAGAAGGCGGUGAAAUGUGCAGACCCAGCGGACCGGAAGGUGAAGAGGUUGCUGAGAAAGCUCCUGUUGAGACAGAGAACCAAGGACCACAGGACCAUGUGGCUCCUUCCUCGUGACAACCUGCCCGUCAUGUCAGAGGACAAGAAAGAUAACUGGGCAGUUCUCAAUGUGGAGUGAUGGAGCGCCAUCGGAGGACAGGGAGGAAAACUCGUAGUCAUAAGCCAAGAACGCUCUCAGCAGCUCGUCGCGGCUCGCUGAGCCUCCGGUCGUCUUGUGUGUCUUUCUCUAUCUACACUAUCCGUCUCCCCGGGAACAGACCUGGGCAGCAAUACUUAUUUAAAUGGCUUUAGAUAUUUAAACAUGAACUGUGCUUGAAAUAUUCUCAAACACGUUGGCUGGAACGGUCUCUAAAGGGGUGUAUUUACCUGUAAGAUAAGUUGAAUUGAUUUUUCUUUUUUAAAUGGCUCAUACUGUUAUUUGCCGGAGUCUGCCUGGAAGUGUCUCCCUCUACAACAUUACUUCUUGUGAGUGAUGUGGAAAAAAAGGUGUAAUUAAGCAAACAAUGAAGUUGCAGUGAUAUUUCUUUAUUUCAUAUAAGAUAACUCUACACGCUUAUUUGUGAAUUGUAUACCUUCAGUAAUGUAUUUAUAACACGGCACACGCUGUUAGAUAGGUGACAUCAGAGUGGGAUCAGAGAGAAGAUUUCUCCUGGAUACACAUUCCUGUGUCACACAAAGAACAAAUGUUGCUGAUUUAAAAACCCAUGAAAUCCCAGCCAAUCUUCUAAAAAAUUAGGCCCUCAGGCAUCUAUCAAAGAUUUAAAUGUCUCAGCAUUUGCAGUUUACAUUUGUCUUUUCCACUAAUAGUCCAUGACUAAACUAUGCCAAAGUAUUCAUGAUUCAAUCCACCAUAUGGCAAGGCUGUUAAAACCUAGAGGGCUCAAUUUGUGUGUGAAGCACACAAGUAUUGUAUCGUAGAAGAACGCACUGUAUUAUCUCAAGUGAACUAUUUUAUAAAUUAAUCUAAAACAA